GCCGGCCGAGCUGUGGGCAGGCGCCAGAUACGGGCCAUGCAGGACUGCGGUUUCCCGAUCAGGGAAAAGCUGGACGCGCUGAGGCCGGUCAUCCCGUACUUGGACUCACGGGGCCGCUGCCCCGCGGCGUACUCCUGGAGCAGCUGGGGCGGGCCCGCCCGGCGGCUGUCGACGGACUACGAGCAGAUGGCGCUCAUGCUGAGGAUCAAGGUGGACAUGGACCCCCGGUGCGAGGAAGCGCGGAGGGCCCUCGGUAUUUGUCAGAGGACGCGCCGGGCUCAUGGGGGGGGGGCGGCGGCGGCCGCGCUCAAGCGCCUGCAGAUCAGGCCCCCGCGGGCACCCCCAAAUGGCAGCGCGGAGGCCCGGCGGCGCCUGCGCGGCGACUACCGCGUGGGCUUAGGGAAGGCGCUGGACGAUACGGACGAGCUGCGCUGGUGGAGCCACAGGAGCCAGGUGCAGGGGCUGCAGCGCACCUCAGACCGGCAAUGGGGCGUCCCAGCCCUGACAGCCGCUGGGCGCCCGCCAGAUGCAGCGCGCCGCGCCUCGCGCUCGAGGGGGCCUUCAAGGUAG